UACAAUGAUUGGAGAAGAAGAAAAAGAGGCCGACUGUGGUGUCGCGAUAAUUUACGGGAGCUGGAUUCAAACGGUGGCGGUUUGACAGAAGACUGAUCAGUGACAAGAUGGCAGCAGAGGAGGAAAUCCAGUGUCUGAGGAGCCAGCUGAGGGAGAAGGAGGAGCAGGUCCAUCAGGCUGCCCAAGCUGGCUUGGAUCUCCUAAACCAGCAGAUGGAACUGCAGAACAGACUGGAUGAACAGAGAGUGGAGAUGACUAAUGCAUUGGAGGCACUCGAGCAAGACAAGUACUCCCUUCAGAAGGAAGUGGAGUUAAAGACUCGGAUGUUUGAGUCACUGCAGUCGGACUACGACUGUGUGAAGAACCAGCAGAGACAGCAGCUUGAGGAACAACAAGCACAUCUGGAGAGGAGCCACAGCACAGCGCUCAGUGCGCUCAACAACAAGAUGCUGAGGUUGCAGUCGUCUCUGGAGGAAUCCCAGCUGAAUGAGAAACAACUGAAACACAAACUUGAGGUGCAAACUGAGACUCUGAACAAUAAGAUGGAGGAGCUGCGAGCUCUGAAUGAACACACACAGAGCUCCAUGACAUCUGAGAUGAUGGAGGUGCAGAUGAAGAUCAUGGAGCUGGAGAACUGUAAGGUGGAGUUGGAGCAGACACUGCAGGAAUUUCAGUACAGAGAGCAACAGCUGGAGCUGACCAACAGUAGCCUGCAGCGCCACCUGGAGCGAAUCACAGAGGAGAAAGAGGAGCGAGAGAAAGAGGCUGUUUCCCUGUUUAAUGCAUUAGAGAAAUCUCGUGAGGCAAACCGUGACCUCCAGGUCGAAUUGGACCAGGUUCUACAGCAGGCCCAGGAUCCCAACAGCAAAGGGAACUCUCUGUUUGCUGAGUUGGAGGAUAAGCGUGCUGAGAUGGAGAGACAGCUCAUCAGCAUGAAGGUCCAGUACGUGUCACUGCAGAAACAAAACGCAUUCAGCAAACAGCAGCUGCAGCGCAUGAAGGUCCAGAUAGCCACUCUGAUGCAGCUCCAGGGUUCCAGGGCUGAUCCUGCUCAGCUGGAGAGGCUCCAGUCCAUGCUGUCAGAGAAGAACGGAGAGAUCCAAAAUCUAAUGACUAAACUGCAGAGACUGGAGAAGAUGGAGAUGAUGUUGAAGUCUCAGCCAGCUAAUCCUGCUCCAGCUGAAAGCGGUGACGGCCAAGAUGAAACUUACUACACUGACCUGCUUAAAAUGAAGCUCAGCAACACUGUUAAGGAUGCAGAGCGUCUGGGUGAUGAGCUUUCCCUGCAGAGGAUGAAAUCUUUGUCAGAGAGCCAGAGAGCUUUAGAGCUGGAGAGGAAACUCUUCUCAUCUGAACGGCUGCUCAAACAGACUCAGAGUGACAAGAUCAGACUGCAGCUCAGAGUAGAGGAGCUCCAACACAAAUAUGAACCAAAAGAAGCAAAAAAGAAUCUGAUCCAGAAGCGAAAGAAAGAGAAGCUUCCUGUUGACAUCGUACCCUCCUCUGAGGACACCAAGCUUGACAAGGGAGAGCAGCUUGUUGCUGUGGAGAUGGAUGUCACAAAUACUAAGGCUGCAGAACCUGAAGCGGAUACUUCACGUACAGCUGAGGCACUGAGCUCCACACAAGGUGUGUGCGUUGGAGAGCCUGAGCCACGGCCUGCCAAGUGUGUGAAGAUCAGUGCAGAUGAGCCUGUUGUGAUUCCCAACCCCAGCUCUCCUGUGACUGACUGCAAAGAGAAGGUGACAGAAGAGAACCAGCAGCAGAACAAGAGAGAGGAAAGAAGAAAGAAAGACAUUCACAGCAUCAACUGA